GGAGCUGGCUGAGGAUUUGUUGCAGCCAUCAGGCGAAGAAGCGCAGCUCUCGCCUCACAUUGGCGUCUAGAGCGCAGAGAACACGUUCUCCUCCUUCCCGAUUGAGCUAAAUCGACUCAAAGCCACCUUUUCUUUGUGUUCCAAGCAGAACCACGAGGGCUCCGAGUGAUGCUGCCGUCUUGUAAGGUUCAUCCAAGCGGACGAUGAUGCUGAUGAUGCUGACGAAGCUCUCUGGGAUGGACUGUAAAGUUUGUUUGGGGGUGAUUUCACUCGCUUGAAAUCAUCCAGCUGGGGUUAAAGAGCCCGCUUGGAGUGUCAAGACAGAAAAAUCCCGGAUUGGAGCUUUGACCCAGAGCCGGCUUGGCGAUGAACUUUGGACAUCUGCUGUUUGGGUUGUUGGCCACAUUCACCAGCACCAUAACAUCAGGGUCACGGGUGCGGUUCGAAGACAGCGCCCCUCGGAUCGUGGAGGACCCGUCCGACUUGAUCGUCUCCAAAGGGGAGCCGGCCACCCUCAACUGCAAGGCGGAGGGCCGCCCCGGUCCCAGCGUGGAGUGGUACAAGGAUGGCGAGCGGGUGGAGACGGACAAGGACGACCCUCGCUCGCACCGCAUGCUCCUACCCAGCGGCUCGCUCUUCUUCUUGCGUAUCGUCCACGGCCGACGCAGCAAACCUGACGAGGGCGUGUACACCUGCGUGGCGCGUAACUACCUGGGGGAGGCCGUCAGUCGCAAUGCUUCGCUGGAAGUUGCAAUACUCCGAGAUGAUUUCCGUCAAGCGCCGAGCGACGUGGUGGUGGCCGCCGGCGAGCCCGCCGUCUUGGAGUGCGUCCCCCCGCGCGGUCACCCCGAACCGUUGGUGUCCUGGAAGCGCAACAACGUCAGGGUCAACGCCAAAGACGAACGCAUCUCGGUGCGCGGGGGCAAGUUGAUGAUCUCGCACACCAGGAAAGGCGACGCGGGCAUGUACGUGUGCGUGGGCACCAACAUGGUGGGCGAGCGCGACAGCGACCCCGCUGAGCUGGUGGUGUACGAGCGCCCCGUGCUGGUGCGCAGACCCGUCAACCAGGUGGUCAUGGAGGACGACACCGUCGACUUCCUGUGCGAGGUCCACGGCGAUCCACCUCCCACUGUGCGAUGGCGGCGAGAGGACAGGGAACUCCCUCGAGGGAGGUUCGAGAUCCGCAAUGGCAACAGCCUGCGUUUAUUCCGCGUGAAGGAGCAGGACGAGGGCACGUACACCUGCAUGUCGGAGAACAGCGUGGGCAAGACGGAGGCCUCGGCCAUGCUGCAGGUGCACGUGCCACCUCAGAUCGCUUCCAAGCCACGGGACCAGAUCGCCUCCCAGGGGAGGAGCGUCACCUUCCAGUGCGGCACCACGGGUAACCCCCCGCCUGCCAUCUUUUGGCAGAAAGAGGGCAGCCAGAUGUUGCUGUUCCCUGGCCAACCGCCAUCCCAGUCAGGCCGUUACUCCGUGUCCAUGAAAGGCGAGCUGACCGUUACCGACGUCCACCCGGAGGACUCUGGCUUCUACAUCUGCCAAGCCAUCAGUGUGGCGGGUAGCGUGCUGAGUAAGGCCCUGCUGGAGGUGGAGGGAGGACCUUCAGUCCAGAUCCCGCCAAUCAUUCGCCAAGGCCCAGCCAAUCACACGCUGUCCCUGGGUGCCACGGCCCGUCUGCACUGCCGAGUCAUCGGGGGACCCUCGGUCAGGAUUUCUUGGGAGAAGGACGGAGAUAGAAUUGAGGGGAACGACGAUCACGUGACUUUAGCGGAGAACGGCACGUUGGAAAUAAGAGACAUAGAGGAAGCCGACUCUGGUAUGUACACGUGUGUGGCGUCCAGUCCCAUGGGGGAGUCCAGUUGGAGCGGGAUGUUGACCGUCAGAGAAGGCCCUGUCUUGUCCCCGUCCCGGAUUUCCGAGUUCAUCCAAUUGCCGGGACCCCCGCAGAAGCCCGUGGUGACCGACGUGACCAGGAACAGUGUCACCCUCACUUGGCAGUCUAACCCACAUGAGGGCGGGGCCGCCGUCACCUCCUACGUCCUCGAGGCCUUCAGCCAGUCGGUGGGCAGCACCUGGCAGACGGUGGCCGACCACGUGCGGCACGAGCGGCACACCGUCGUCGGGCUCAUGCCCAACACCGUGUACCUCUUCAUCGUCAGAGCUCUCAACUCGUACGGCCUGAGCGACCCCAGCCCCAUCUCGGAGCCCGUCAGGACGCAGGACGGAAGCACUUCAGAAACGGGCGUGGACCACAGACAGGUCCAGAGGGAACUCGGCGAGGUGUCGGUUUACCUCUCAAAGCCCGUCGUUCUGUCUCCCACCAGCGCCAAGAUUUCUUGGACCGUGGCUCGUCAUUCCCGCAACGUUCAGGGGUACCGCGUGUUUUACCGUACCAUCGGCAGCUCGUGGCUGGUUCAGGACGUGGAGGCCACGCCGGAGCACAGCACAGUCUUAGAGAAUUUACUCGGCAACGCUGAAUACGAGGUGAAGAUUAGGCCGUACUUCAACGAGCUGCAGGGACACGACAGCCUCAUGGUGUUGCUACGCACCCCGGAAGAAGUGUUGAGCGCAGCACCGCAGGCGGUGUCGGUGGUGCAGCUCACCAACAGCUCCAGUAUCAGCGUGUCCUGGGAACCGCCGCCUCAUAGUGUGGAUUGCGGCAUCAUUCGGGAAUACAAGGUGUGGUGCGUGAGCAGCAUCUUGGAUGAGGAGAAGCAAAUCAACCGAACGGUGGACGGAGCAGUCGUGUCCAUCCUGCUCAACGGUUUGCUGCCUGACGUGCGCUACGACGUCAGCGUGGCUGCCGUUACCAGCCUUGGAAUCGGCGCUCCCAGCUCGCCUGUCCACUUUGUCCUCACUCCCCCGGCGGGCUAUGCCUCCACGCCGGUGAGGACGGACAGCGACGUGAGCAUCUCGGAGCAGAUCACCGUGGUGGUGCGGCAGCCGGCUUUCAUCGCCGGGCUAGGCAUGGCCGCCUGGCUGGCUCUGAUGGGCCUCAGCGGCUGGUUCUACUGUCGCCACCGCCGCAGGAAGCAGCUGGGCCACUACACUACGUCCUUCGCGUACACGCCGGCAGUUGGCUUUGCUCACGGUGAAGGAUCCGGACUCAUGAAUGGAGGGCCGGGUAUGUUGGGCUCGAACAUGAGCAACUUCCCAUGGCUGGCCGACUCGUGGCCCGCUCCCAACCUGAUCCACAACAGCAAAGAUUCCAUCACGUGCUGCUCCAGCAAACUAGAUUCUGAGAAAUAUUACAACGCCGUCAGUAUGGCUAACUACCAGUCGGUGAAGCACAACACGGCGUCUACCGACAGCCCCAUCUACAGCACCAUCAACGCGGCAAACGAGGAGGACCUGCUGAGCUACUACGACACCUACUCCAGCGCCUCCUACAAACAGGGGCCCGACCCGUAUAGCAGCAGCCCGGCGCUGUCCAACAGUGGCCUGGUGGCUCUGGAGCAGGACCCGGACCAGUGGACCAUCCAGUCUGGACACUCCACCACCGAAUACGCCAAGCUGCACUACUCCAAGAAGAGCAACGAGAAACUGGUCAAGCAGAGAUCCACCGGGUCGGUGUGCACGCCGGCGCCUCUCACUUGGGUGGACGUGUUAUCGCUUCCUCUUCCCGCCAACAAGGAAGGACGCCACCUAGAGGUGGACGACGAGGACCGGCGCAGUUCUGGGGAGGAAGACGAGGACUGGUGUCCCCCGUUGCCCGCCAGAACUUACCUGAUGGACGAAGCUUCCUCCGCCCUCCACUCGGCCACGUCCUCCCCUCAGCGGGAUGCGUUGAACUCCGCCGACAACACCCGACCGCAGCAUGUGGACCUGCUGGCCCGUCAGCACUCCCACUUCUCCCAGUCCAACCCGGAUCUGUUCACAAAGAAUGGCGAGACGCCCCACAGCGCCACCCGCUGGGCGGAAACCUUGAGGGGCGACUGCCUCUACAAAGGACAAUCUCCCGUAGCAGGCGGCGAUUUGAGCCCCAUGACGCACAGAUGCAGAACCAAGAAGAAAUCCCCCAAGGAUGGAACGCUCAGACGGGAGCCACACAGCCAAGCAGAGCUGCCCCCUCCUCCGGUUCCUCCGCCCACUGAGAAGUCCCUGCAGCCUCCCGCCGACGUUGGGACCCUAGCAAACGACGACCAUGUUCACCCCCACCGGAGAGCGGCCGCAAAAUGGUCAUCAGAGGAUGAGAAUGUAAUCCAGUACGGGUCGUCGGAGCAUUUUGGGUCACUAGGUGGCGUCUUUACCCGCUCUCCAGCUUCUGCACACAUGAAGAAGCAGAACCUCAUGUGAGCUUCUCCAAUUCCGUCUUUGUGAACCAUUCAUCAAUCAAAGUGUUAAAAAAAAAAAGGACUUCACAUCCAAGUUGUCUAUAAAAUGUCAAGAUUCAAUCUAUGGGACCCUUUCACGAUUCCUACAGUGUUUUUUGUCAGCCUGAAUUAUUCAAAUAAAAAGAAGUGUACAUAUUAGCUUGUGCUAAUCGAUAGCCACCAUUAAACUGUGCACAUCCGCAAUAUCGUGAUGGGAGAGAGAGUGCGUGUGUGUGUGUGUGCGUGUGUGUAUGGGUGAGUGUGUGUGCGCUUGUGUGUGUGUUUGUGUGUUUAUUGCAUUGCCAUUGACUGUGUGCCAAAGUCAAGAGGCCACAACAGUGUACUGUCUGCUUGCAUUUGUAAUCCUCUGCUGCUAUUUACACACAUACACGCACGCACACACACUUGUGCUUUGUGUCGGUGCACUGUAUUAAAGCAACACUAUCAAACUAUAUGCAACAGCGGCCACUAGUGUCCUAAAUGGAAAUUACACCAUAGGCAUAUGGAUAUGAAAUAAUUAAUAAUUAAAAGUAUUAGAAAAAUAAAAAAUAUUUAGGAAUAUAUUUCAACUUUCAGGCAAGUCAUAUUAAACUAUUUUCUUUAUGGAAGUUAAAUAAUAUAAUAUAUAAAUAAAUAUAAUAUAUUGUGUAAUGAAAGAGUUACUUCACAUUUCAUUGCAAAUAAAUACAUCGAACGAAUAAAGUUAAUUAUAUACACAAAUGAAUAUAAACAAUAAUAAUCCCUAAAAUUAUCAUAGUUUUUUAAUGUUGCUUUAAGAAUUACACAAUAAAAAGAUAUUCGAUUUGUUGUCUUUUAUAUUUGAUCUUAUUAAAAUGUUUCCCCUACUUUGUGUAAAUACCUUUUCUUCCAUUUUUUUUUUUUAAACAGAAGAUUUGGGGGCUUUGGGCGGGAGAGACAAGUAUUUUUGCUCAAGGAGAUGUCACAGCAACCAUGACAUGGUGUAGAUUUUUGAAUGUAUCUGAGAAAAUGAUGUGAAUAUAGUGUUUGAAUCAUAUGUGUGGGUGCAUGUGUGUGUGCCGUGUGAAUAUUGUACUGUACUGUGACACCAUUCAUUCUUUUUAAUAAAUCAUUUUUUUAAAAUUU